ACGGCAAAGACGUGCUCGUGUAUACGGCUGAACUAAACCUUAGUUAAACUUUUCGAUCUCGUACCGACACUAAUGGGCAGCCAAACAUUCGGGCAGUGCAAUAAACACAUUUAACAGUGCCACGCGACUAAUGUUCAAUUUGGGCCCUAAUUUCAUUCAGCAAGGCACAGUUCUACGCAGCCGAACCACCCUCGUAAUUGUUAAAUAUUUAUACACACCACCAACGGAACGCACGCAUUAAGUAUACGUACUUACAACGCGAGUGGCGCCAACAUAUGUAAAGCAGCGGCGAUAAGAAAAGAACCAGCAACAGAGACGGAAAACGAAAGCGGCUACAAAAGAGGAGACACAAUUAUUGGAGUGCAGCCGGAGUGACUCAACUCCCCCAACAAUUGCCGCAGAUGAGGUGAACGAACUAGUGGUCAUCCCGAGCCCUUCCCUCUUCGUCCUCCACAGCAUCUAUCAGCAGACGACCCUCCAACUCUCUGGCAAUUAAGAAAUCUCUAAUUGGAGAGUAAGAGCUGCCGGAGCGGAGGAGGGAUUACCCUCUCCCAAGAUGCCUUCUCUGCGCCAGAAGGUCACCACCUAUUUCCGUCAGCUGAGCUUCAUCGCGGAGCCUCGCGAGGGUAGACGGAGGACCAGCGAGCACGAGGAUGAGGACGGUAACUUCAUAACCAAAUAUCUCGAGGGGCGCAUGCAGCGACUGUUUGUGGCAGGUCCCGAGAUCUACAAUGGCCAGAAUCCCACAGAUAUGCCCGUUCUCAAGCUGGGUUCUUAUGAGGCCGGCACCUGCUCCAUAACAGCAGCCUGCACGGGUCCGGAUGAGGGUCUGACCGGCAUCAAACGCUCCAAGCUGCACCUGAGCACCAGCUUUGCGGACGACAUAGACUUUAUAGACACGCAGCAGGAAAACGACGAUGCUUAUGGCGUUAGGAAGAGUACGCCGGCGGUUCCAGCGGCCACACAGAACUCCACUCGAUUGGCCAGCAAAUUUGGACGUCCGCCGACUGGAUCCCGGCGGCAAAGCAAUGCGGAUCAGCCAUCGGGAUCCACUUCUGCUUCGGGUAUGCGCUCCCGUAAGAAUUCCAAGAGCAGCAUAGCCAAUCUGGCAGCGGCUUCUGCUGGUACUGAAGCAGGAAAGGCCACCACCAUCGUGGUGAGCAUGGUGAGCAGUGAUCAAAACAACAGGAAUCUGUUGAAUGCAAAGACUGAGUCCUUGGCGAACGGUGAUUCCAACUCGGAACGAGAGCGCCUGCUCCGCGAGGCGGUGAGCAAUCAGGGUGGCGCCGCUCCAGCUGCGCUGGUUGCCGGCGUGGAGAACUGGCGUAUGGAGUGCGAUUUUGCGUAUGGCAUCUCGGUGUCCCUGUACGAGAACAAUAUGCUGACCAAGGAGCCGAUGGGCAAUCCCAUUGCCGACUGCUAUGGCAUGGUUGUGCGUGGUGACUCUGCCAUCAUGGCCAUGGCAGAUGGCGUCAAUUGGGGGGAUGGAGCUCGCCUGGCUGCCCGCUCGGCUGUGCACGGCUGCCUGGACUACUUGGAUCGUGCGGUAUUCGGACAGGCGCUGGAGUGCCGGGCCACCACCACCCAGGAGGUAUUUGUGAGUCUGCUGCGGAGCUUGUGGGAGGGACAUGGCUGCAUCUUGGAGGUGGGAGGAGCCCUCUCCACGCUGACCAUAGCCGUGGUGCUUCCGCUGGACGGAGCGCCGGACAAGUAUGUGGUCUGCGCCUGCAACGUGGGCGAUUCCCUGGGCUAUGUGUACUCCAAGAAGCACGGAGUGCGGGAGCUUACACAGGCCUCGCAUGACAUCAGCUCCAUGCGGGACAUGCGCGACGCCCUGGGCGCCCUUGGACCAGCGGAUGGCAACAAGCCAGAGCUGAGCAAUCUCACCUUCACCAUGAGCUGCAUUGAGAGCGGCGACAUAGUGUUCCUCACAUCGGAUGGGAUUAGUGACAACUUCGAUCCCGUUGUGGGCAAGUUCGCUGAGGCCUGGACCCCGGAUGUCAAGCUGCAGGCAUCGGGCCAAGGGAAGCCCGCCAAUCUAGCGCCUAAGCGUCAGAACAAGAGUGCCUCGGCGAUCUAUGCCCGCCUGCAUCCGUCGACGCCGCCCACCCGACCAGCGCGUCAGUCGAAGGCGAGCAGUCCGCCCAGCAACGCGCCCAGUCGUCCGAAGUACAUGCGCUCGCAAACUCUCAUAGAACCACGCCAGGGACUGGUUUCCUCUGCACCACCGCCCACGGCGGCUCCACAGCGCAUUCCCAGAUCCAUAUCGGGCUUGCCCCUGGUAACCGGACCUCAGAGGCAUGCUCUGACCCUGUAUCGGCUUGAGGACCUGCUCAGCUAUGGCAUCAAUGGCACCUUCUCGCCGUGCUCUUCAGCCCGAAGACUUUGCCACCUGCUCAUUGACUUUGUGAGAAUGAUAACCUCGGCCAGGAGGAAGACCCUGGAGCAGCGAGAGCUCUUCUACAAACUCUCUACGGGACCGGAUGGCGCCAAGCGGGAGGUGCAACUGAAUAGGAUGCAGCACCGAGCGGCCAGGAAGCGGAUUGUGGACAGCAGUGCCUUUGUGGCUUUGCCUGGCAAACUGGAUCACGCCACUGUGAUGGCCUACACGGUGGGGGGAGGUCAUGGAGAAAAUGGAAACGAGAACGGCGAUGGAGAGGUAGCGGUUUCCCCCGUACUGCAAUCCAAGGAGUUCAAGGAGACGAAUUUCUAAUCGCCAGACUGCAGAGAUCAGGCUUUUUAUACAUUUUUCUCACUCACAUAUGGGUAAUUCUUGCUUAAAUGGUUUUCUUUAAGGUCUCUUGUGAAUUUGUGGCUUAAGUUUGUUAUAUUUUUAUUUGUUUUUAAUGAGUUUGAAUAUUUUAUAUUAUUUAUAAACAAAAAGCACAAAUCAUAUUGUUAGAUUUUCGCCAAAUAUAUAUUAAAUAUUAUGAUUUUCCAAGAGGAAAGGAUACGCUCAGAGAGAGCAAUAAAACCAGUAAUACUUUGUGUUAAAAUGCCAACAUUUGUAGGAUUUAAGAUUCAUUUAAUUAUAAUCAGCUUUUAAUUGCCAACCAAUGUAAAAUAAUCAUGUUAUUGAUCGAAGAAGUAUAUACAUUGAGCCAAGAGUUACCCGUAUGCACACAUAACUACAUAUAUACAUUUACAUAUACCAUUUCAUACUUGUAUCUUUAAUAUUCAUAAACUCUCGCUUAAGUUUUGUUGAUUUUGAUUCCGAUACUCCUCAUUUGUCAGCCAUAGAUUUUUAGCCAUUAACUGCAAUCGACAGAAAUGCCUCAAAUGUUUUAAACUACCAAAAAAGAAUAAGAUAGCACACACAGAAAAAUAUAUGUCGUAUUUUUACACUCUCAUUCGAAAAGUCAACACCAGCAGAAGGGGGUCUUUAAUUACCACCAAACUCUCGUAGAAUUUGUAAUUCUACAUUCUGGCAGCAAAGACAAAAUAAAUAGAGAAGGUGUGUGCAGUGAAAGUUACAUUUUCGUUGGAGUCUUUGAUCAAUUUUGUAAAACGAAACUUGAAAACCUGACAAAAAGUGUGAUUUGUGCUCGAUUUUUGUUUACUAAACGCUCUAUUCUGAGUCGUUUUGUGAACAUUUAUCGAUACUACUAUCAACUCUAGUAUAUGCUACGCAUCUUACUCACUUAUAUUGUCUUUGGUGGCAGUGUAGAAACUUUAUAACGCACAGCUUAAACUGCGGAAUGGGCUGUGACCAGCGGGCCAGAGCAAUCGAAUACUUUGAAUAAAACGCAAUUGAAGAACUGCGCUUUUUUAAGC